UUAAUCCAGAUUUGAUUAGAUUAUUAGAGAAAAAUCAUUUCUUUCACUCGCGCUACUUUUAUUUAGGCAUUUAUUCCGUUAACAGGCAGGUGUGGUUCGGCCUGCUGGCCCUCUGUCAUGCAGCCACGCCUGCGUACUGGCAGAAGGGAGCGCGGGAUUGCUUUCUUAAAGCGCGAGCGGCUAACAGCAGAAGUGACAGUGAAAAGUGGCGCGCGCUCUGGUUAGGAAGUCAGUAGGACAUCAGGCAUGGGUGCUGACACUGAGCUGACAGAAAGCAUGAAGUCUGUCCGUUGUGUUGAUGCUAACGCGUUUUUUAACAUGUACACAAAGCGUAUGAUGCUUGGGAACUACUCUUCCGUUCUGUCCCAACGUAAAUACUGUAGCUAACGAGAGGGAGGUCGCUGUGCAGAGAUGGCUAUGGUAUGCCUGACAGACUUUGAGGAGUAUGCUAAGGAGCAUCUCUCAAAGGCCACCUGGGAUUAUUACGCCGCUGGGGCAGACGAAUGCUGCACCAGGGACGAUAAUCUACUGGCUUACAAAAGGAUCCGUCUGAGGCCUCGUAUCCUGCGAGACGUGUCGGUGAGUGACACCCGGACCACAGUGCAGGGGACCGAAAUCAGCUUUCCAGUUGGUAUCGCACCGACUGCCUUUCACUGCCUGGCCUGGCAUGAAGGAGAGGUGGCCACUGCUCGGGCCACAGAGGCACUCAACACCUGCUACAUCACCAGCACUUACUCCACCUGCUCAGUGGAGGAGAUCGUGGCGGCGGCGCCAAACGGUUACCGCUGGUUCCAGCUCUAUGUGUACCGGGACAGGAAGCUGUCUGAACAGAUCGUGCAUCGUGUAGAGGCGCUUGGCUACAAGGCCCUGGUCCUCACCGUGGAUGUUCCCUACACCGGAAAGCGCCGCGACGAUAUCCGCAACCAGUUCAAGCUGCCGCCACACCUGAAGGUCAAGAACUUUGAUGGCGUGUUUCAGCAGGAGACAGCAGUUCCAGAGGAGUAUGGGAUCCCAGCCAACACCUUGGACCCCUCCAUCAGCUGGAAGGAUGUGUACUGGCUGCAGUCCAUCACCCGCCUGCCUAUUAUCAUCAAGGGGAUCCUGACCAAGGAGGAUGCAGAGCUGGCCGUGGAGCAUGGUGUCCAGGGCAUCAUUGUGUCAAACCAUGGGGGGAGACAGCUGGACGGAGGCCCAGCCUCGAUUGAUGCGCUGUCAGAGAUUGUGGACACGGUGCAAGGCAGGAUCGAGGUCUAUCUGGAUGGAGGAAUCAGGACAGGAAGUGAUGUAUUGAAAUCGCUGGCCUUGGGAGCCAAGUGUGUUUUCAUUGGCCGUCCAGCAGUGUGGGGCCUUGCAUACAAGGGUGAGGAAGGUGUGAGGGAAGUACUGCAAAUCUUAAAUGAUGAGUUCCGUCUGUCCAUGGCUUUGUCAGGCUGCAGGAACGUGGCAGAAAUCAACAGGAACCUCAUUCAGUUCUCGAAAAUUUAACACACCAGCAGAGGGCAGCACCGAAGACAAUGACACCUACUGAACGGGACUACUGAACCAAGCCAACAGUGUUGAGCCAGAGACAAAGAAUGACAAAGAAACUGAAAGAUGUUCAGUUCAAAACUUGUGACUUUAUCACAUCAGGAAACGUGCAAACAGUUUCAAUAAUUUGGACAUGACUCAUAUCUCAUAUCCAAGGUAUAUUCAUGCAAGAGUGUACGAGUGACACAGCGUCUUGGGAAACCUGAGGGUCGGCAGAAUACUUUGCAAGUGAAUCCUGAAAGUGUUUUUGCUUUUGGAUUUUAGAGGAUGGAGGCAAUUUUCAUGAAACCAACACAUUUUGGUUGUAUUGUAACAGAUGCAGCUGAUAAUGAUGUACACUUGCAGUUUGAGAUGCUGCCAGUGCUUGUGGUUAAAUAAAUGCCAGCUGAGGUAACUGUGA